AUGCAGAUACGGUCAGGAAUCGGAUCUUGUGUUUCUCCUGCAAUUGUUGUGGAUAUAACAAGCACCAAAAUCAAAGCAGAUCUAGAUGGCGAGUCCCGCGACUGUUGUUCUGGUCUGAUCAUUAGCUUUUCUCCAUAUUUUGAUCCUUUCAGUGUUCAUCAUUGUAAAGAUGACCUGAAGACCAAGCAUUUCCUGGCAGUUAACAGCAGACUGAAAGGACUGAGGCACAAAGCCAAGGGCUUCCACCCCCAUCAGCCAGCUAUUUACUGGCUGGAGAUGCCCUCCUCAUAUGUCAUUUAUUGUAUUAAAACCAGCCUAGGGGUAGAACUUGCAAUGGCGAGUGUUUAUAUAAGAAUUAUACCAUCUCUGACAUUGCAGAAGGUAGAAUUUAGGACUGAAUUGACAUCUGCUGGUGAUAAGCUUGUAGUUGUUGACUUCUCAGCCACAUGGUGUGGACCAUGCAAAAUGAUCAAACCCUUUUUUCAUAGUCUUUGUGAGAAGUUCCCAGACGUCGUGUUUCUUGAAGUUGAUGUGGAUGAUGCUCAGGACGUUGCUUUAGAGUGUGCAGUCCAGUGCAUGCCAACAUUCCAAUUCUACAAGCAGGGCAACAAGGUGCAUGAAUUCUCUGGAGCAAACCGAGAGAAGCUGGAAGAGAAUAUUACCAAGCUACGCUGAUCGAACAGUGUGAACAGUUAAUGUUGACUGUUUAUAUAUAGCCUGUAACUUUUUCUACUUAUGGAGUCUAAUCAAGUUAGCUAAAUAUGUAUCCAAAAAUUUUGUCCCUUCAGACUGUAAAUGAGUACAAUAAAAUGUAAAUUCUUCACUUA